ACGGAGCGGAGCUAGAGUCGGCUUGUGUGGGAGCAGAGUCCGAGCUGGUGGGCUCCAUGCUGUCGCCCGAGGCGGAGCGGGUGCUGCGGUACCUGGUGGAGGUGGAGGAGCUCGCCGAGGAGGUGCUGGCGGACAAGCGGCAGAUUGUGGACCUGGACACCAAAAGGAAUCAGAACCGAGAGGGCCUGAGAGCCCUGCAGAGGGACCUGAGCCUCUCUGAAGAUGUGAUGGUUUGCUUCGGGAACAUGUUUAUCAAGAUGACUCACCCUGAGACGAAGGAAAUGAUUGAGAAAGAUCAGGAUCAUCUGGAUAAAGAAAUAGAGAAACUCCGGAAACAACUUAAAGUGAAGGUCAAUCGCCUCUUUGAGGCCCAAGGCAAACCGGAGCUGAAGGGUUUUAACCUGAACCCCCUCAACCAGGACGAGCUUAAAGCUCUCAAGAUCAUCUUGAAAGGAUGAAACUCAAGAACCAAGAUGGGGGACCUAAGACCAGCAUCCCCCCUGGGGUCAUGGAGGACCUAGGACUCUCCGACCUGGAAACCUGCAAGGAAAGGAUCUACCCUGCAAGGGGACGGGUGUCAGGAAUCUGGCCGUGGCUCCUGUAUGGAACCUCUUUGUCUGUAGCGCUUGGCUGCUCUGUGACGGCAGGAGGGAACCCUCAGCCUGCCCGGGUCUGCCGGGCCUGAGCAUUGGGGCUGGAUGGACACAAGACGCAUUGACAGGCCCUGGCAGCCACCAGUGGGUGGGUGGGGGCCGGCCUGUGGGGGUGUGAGAAUGUCUGCAACAGGCACUUCUAACAAUGGCCCGCUGUUCAGAUGGGCCCCAGGCAGGGAAGAGAGAGGGGAGGAGUGGGUGCUUCAUUCCCGCAUUCCUCUCAGAAAGGGAGAGAGACGUUUUCAAGUAGCAUGUGUAACAGAAUUAGAAUAAAUUCCAGGGGGCUCACAGGUGGUUUCUGAGUGAAGGACAGGAUCUCGGUGCUUUGUGGUUCACCAUAGCCAUCUGUGGGGCAGGUGUGCCAUUUCCCCCCACUGCCUCCAUGUUGGCCAUUUUUCCUGCUUGCCUCCAGGACGAGCCCAGAGUGGCUGCUCUUCAGGCAGGAAGGCCUUGCAGAGUCCUGCACCAGGGCUGGGGGAGGGGCUGCCUCUUACCGUGCUAUACACAUCCAGGAUGCCUGUCCACCACCUCUGAAGGCAGGCAUGGGCCAGUGCUGCUCGAGUUCCGUCUGCUUCAGGGGUCUCAGAUCCUAAUGUGAAUGUGCUCUGAGGGCAAAACUGUCUCCCGUGUUCAUUGAGGGCUCAAUAAAUGUUACCUAGC